AUGACGAUGCUCGAGGGAAUUCUAGGACUUGGGCCUUUGGCCUUGGACUGGGCCUCGGGCAAGACAAAGCAAGAAGAAGAAAAACCACUCCACCUCUCAGAUGGACAGACUAAAACAGAUGAGAGACGGGAACAAGCUUUCCCAGUCGCACGGUCGCCAGUCAAGAGUACAGUGUUUGCACGGCGGAGAGAGUGCCGACGCACGUAG